CAGCCGUCAUGUUCAAGUCGAAGCUGACAGGAAAGAAGAAGAAGACGAAACCGGUCGUCAAGAUGGUCGGCUCCAAGAUCGUCAAAGACGUCAAAGAGGAAGAUGAGGAGGCCAUGUCCGAAGCUUCAGAUGCUACCUUCAUCAUCGAACCCGGUGAGUCAAGUUCUUUUAUAAUUUCUGAGACUGAGGGUGUUUCCGAAUCGAAGACACAAUCCGCAUCGGAAUCUCGUAGCUCCGUCACGACAACUGGAAAAGUUAAGACUUCUUAUAUCACGACGUAUAUUGAUAGCGAUGGCAAUGUAACUAAGACCGUCACAGACCAAUCGGAGCAAGACUUGCCCUCAGUCACACAGACCCAAUACGCUGCUGCCGGAUCUGUGUCAGAAUCUAAAAAUACUUAUAGAAAAAGCGAUAAAAGUUUAGAUACUAAUCAAGGUGCAAUUACGACACAUGGGGACGUUUCAAAAAUAACCGACGGAUCUCAAAUUUCUGAAAAUAUUCAAAGUACUGAUAGGAGAGUUUCACAAUCGAGUACGUCUAGUAGGACUGAGCAGCGGUCAUCAACGUCUUUCAGCGAGUCUCGCGUCUCCAGCUCGAAAUCAGUUUCGAAUAAAGUGAUUUCCGAAGAAGAGGCUCGUUCUCUCACAUCUGGAAAAGAUAUAAAAAUGAUAGGAUCUGAAGUAGUUAAGGAUAUUUCUGCUGGAGAUAAGUCUAUUUCUGAUCAUUCUUCAACUCAGCAACACGGACAGACAACGAAAAAUGAAAUUAUUCGAGAAAAUAUUGGAAGUUCGGAAAUCGCAUCAAAUUCGAGAAACAUUCAAAACGCCGCUGCUUCAUUUAUUCAAGAAGAGCGGAGACAACAAGAAAUAUCUUCUACAAAAAAUUUAUACAGAUCUGAUGUUGAAGAUAGUGGACGGUCAAGUUAUGAUUUUCAUUCAUCACGAACUGAAGACCGUCAAUCCCAAAAUAUCAACCAGACUACUACUGGUCAUGACAGUUCUUUUGACGAUAAUGUCAAGAGAAGUCCGUCAUCAACCGGAGGUGCCAAGUUGAAAGUGAGAUUGGUUGGUUCGAAAUUAGUUAAAGAAUUUUCUGAAGAUCCAGCAGAUCGAAAUGGAUUGAGUGAAAGAGAUUAUUCUCGUAGAACACACGACUCCGAUUCGAUUCAAAAAGCAACAACGGGACAUUAUCAAACUCAAUCUGACAUACAAUCUGAUAGGAAGAAAUUUACUCAAUCAGCAGCUGGUGAAAGAGUUACAACUGAUUCUGGGUUCAAACAGAUGACUGAAGAAUAUAUUAAAAAUGCUGAAAAGAGUAACCGUAAGGAUUCAUACUCCCAUUUUACAACUGAUCAUCAGAAUGUCACUAAUAUGUCAUCCGUUCAAAAAUCCUCUGGAUCUUCCAUUAAAAAGGACAUUAUGAGUAGUAGAGAUGGAGGUAUUUCAGAAAACAUCGAUUUAGUAGAACCUGGAAGGUAUGGAAUUAAUAUGAACGUGCAAUCUAGUCAUUCUUCAGAAAGCCAAACGAGUUCGAGGAAGAUAAUAAGUGGCUCAAAUGUUACAGAAUCCACAUCGGAUAGAACUGUUGAAUCUUCUAGAAGCGAAAGAUCACCAAUUGAGACAAUCACUAUUAUCGAAAAGAGUCCGAUUGGGAUAAAGACUGGAACUGUUGAACAUAAAUCGACAGGACAGACUUCUGAAAAGAUUUUGAGUCAAGAUUUUAUUACAAAUGAAUCAAAUAAGCUUAGCUCAACGAAGUACAGCAUUUCAGGUGAUACAGAGAAUGAAAGUUAUAGGAUUAAAGAAAGAGGUAGCCAUAUCAAAGACACUGGAAAAACUGCUGUCGAUAGUACAGUACUUGAGUCGAAUAUCAAUAAAAAGGAGACCACAUCUAAAGGAGUGAGAAUAGUAGGCUCAAAAAUCGUUAAGAGUCAAUCUCCUCCAAAAGAAAUUGUCGAAACGUCAACUAGCCAAACAUCCAGAAGAAAUAUGUCUGAUAGUUCAACCACUGGCGUACAGAAAGACAAAGCGGUUCGCGACAGCAAUGUAUCAUCCACAAGAACAUCCACAGACGUCAGAAUGAUUGGUGGGAAAUUGAUUAAAACUGUUACAAAAAUCACUGAUGUCAGAACACCGUCUGAAAAUAUGACUAUUAUAGAAGAAAUUUCUCCAGCAGGAAGUUCAGAAACUAUGGUUGUAGAUAAUAUUACUGAUUCAACAACUAACAAAACUAUUUAUAAAGGGCAAUCUCAAAUUUCGUCAACCACUAACGACUGGCCUCGCGGUCCAUCGGGAGAAAUAAUAGAAACUAUUACAGUUACAAAUAUUAUUCCAGAAAGUGACACAAGUACUCAUACAUCCAGUAAACAAACAUCUUCAAAAGAUGUGAGGAUGGUAGGAUCAAAAGUAGUGAAAUCAUCAUUGUCUACUAAUAAAACAUCUUCAACCGAAGUCUAUGAACCAACAGAUACUUCAAAAACUAACAUUACUCUGAGAAAGGUUGAACGAAGUCCUAAUGCUGAAGGAGGGUCCGAGGGUUAUCAAGAAUUCAUUACUUAUUCUACUAGUACUCCUUUAAGGGAAGUUACCAGAGAAGUUGACGGAUCGGUGGAUCGAGCGUCCGAGAAGCACUCAUCAGUUUCUCAAACAUCCACUACAAGGAUGGUUGGAUCUAGGAUUGUUAAAUCAUCAUCGACCAAGAAGAUAUCUUCCACAAAAGACGAUUACGAAUCGAAAGACCUUGAAAGUCCUUACCAAACAAUUGACAGGCCAAAUGUUGAAAAAUCACCUGUUGGUCAGAUAGGAAGAAUUUCUAAUGAGCAAGAUGAAGAGUUGAGGGAACGACACGGCACUUCAGGAAAAAUUAUAAGAUAUAUCACUGAAGAACCUACAUAUAAAACAACACGAGUUGUAGAUUCGGCCGUUGACGAAAAAAGCAAUAAACAAUCUUCAACAAUUCAAAGCUCAACAAUGAGAAUGGUAGGCUCAAAGAUUGUCAAAUCAUCAUCAGCUCACAGAAUAUCUUCUACAGAUAGUUUAACAACAGACUCAAGCACUAUCGAGAGAAGCCCCAGUAGGCAAAUUGAACAGCCACUGGCAGAUGACAUAACGAAAAGGCCUGAUGAAAAAUAUGGCCACCUAAGAGAUAGACCUGGUAGUUCUGAAGAGAUAAUUACAUACACUACUGAAACUCCUGGGAAGAAAAUAACCCACUUGAAAGACUAUACCGAUGAUCAGACGAGUGAAAAGUUCAGUACUACCAGUCAAAGUUCUACUAUCACAAAAGUAGGGUCGAAGAUCGUGAAAUCAACAUCAACAAAUAAGAUUUCAUCAAGUGAUGAUUUCGAGUCCAUAAAUACUAGUGGAAAUCGUACAGGUUCCAAACAAAGCAAUGAAAAGACAACGGAAGAUAAGAUUGUUGCAGGACGAACUGACAAAGAUGGACCUAGGCAUAGACCCGACAUCGAAGAUCACACUACAGAAAAACAUACUUCUGUAAAAACAAAUUCCACUGUAAAAAUAAUAGGUGGAAAAAUUGUGAAAUCGGCUAAUCAAAUUACUGACGGCCUCGAACAUAAGGAUACACCUAAGAAAACCACUAAAACUAGCCCUGAUGGCAAACUUGAAAAAUCUCCAGACAGAAUCAUUGACCGCUCCCCAGAUCGAGCUGAUAAAACAUCAACAGAAACAAUUACCUACACUACUAGCUCACCAGAUACAGUGACAACCAGAGUUUCAGGAACUACUGAAAAACAGACAACAGUUAAACAAAGUUCAACUAUAAGGAUGGUGGGCGGAAAAAUUGUGAAAUCAACUACUGAAACUAUCGAUGACAUUGAACCUAAGGAUACAUCGAGGAAGCCGUUAGAAACCAGUCCUACCAAGAAAGGAGAAAGAUCUCCAGUCAGAAAAACUGAGCGCUCUCCAGACCAACCAGAUGAUCGAACUACAGAAGUGAUAACAUACACUACUAGCACUCCAGAGACCAAAACAACCAGAGUGUCUGAUACAACAGAAAUACAUACUUCAGUUACUCAAAGUUCAACUAUCAGAAUGGUUGGAGGAAAGAUCGUGAAAUCAACCAUGGAUGAUUUUCAACACAAGGAUGUACCUAGGAAACCUAUGGAAACCACUCCUACCACGAAAGGAGAAAAAUCUCCAAUUCGAAAAACUUAUCACUCCUCAGAUCAACCAGAAGAUCGAACUACAGAAAUUAUAACAUAUACUACUAGCACACCAGAGACUAAAGCAACCAGGGUAUCUGAUACUACAGAAAAACACACCUCAGUAACUCAAAGUUCAACGAGCAGGAUGGUUGGUGGGAAGAUUGUAAAAUCAAUUACUGAAACCUAUGACGAUUUUGAACCUAUGGAUUCACCUAAGAAACCAACGGAAACCAGUCCUAUCAAAAAAGUUGAAAGAUUUCCAGGGAGAAAAAUUGAUCGAUCUCCAGAUCAAUCAGACGAUCGAACUACAGAAGUCAUAACAUACACUACUAGUUCACCUGAAACCAAAACAACCAGAGUAUCUGAUACGACGGUUAAGCAGAGUUCAACUAUCAGAAUGGUUGGUGGAAAGAUCAUCAAACCAACUACUGAAGAUUUUGAACCUAAGGAUACAACCAGAAAACCAUUGGAAUCCAUUCCUUCCAAGAAUGUAGAAAGAUCUCCAGCCAGAAUAACUGACCGUUCUCCAGAUCAACCAGAUGAUCGAACUACAGAAGUCAUAACAUACACCUCUAGUACACCAGAGACCAAAACAACCAGGGUAUCUGAUACUACGGAAAGACAAACUUCAGUAACUCAAAGUUCAACAAUAAGGAUGGUUGGUGGAAAGAUAGUGAAACCAACUACUGAAGAUUUUGAACCUAAGGAGAUAUCUAGAAAACCGAUGGAAUCCAGCCCAACCAAGAAAGUUGAAAGCUCUCCAGUCAGAAAAUCUGACAGCUCCCCAGAUCAAACAGAUGGUCGAACUACAGAAGUCAUAACAUAUACUACCAGUUCACCAGAAAACAAAACAACCAGAAUAUCUGAUACUACAGAAAAACAUACUUCAGUUACUCAAAGUUCAACUAUCAGAAUGGUUGGAGGAAAGAUCGUGAAACCUACUGCUGAUGAUCAUGAACCUAUGAAUAUAUCCAGAAAACCAUUGGAAUCCAGACCUACUAAGAAAGAUGAAAAAUCUCCAGUCAGAAAAACUGACCGCUCUCCAGAUCAACCAGAUGAUCGAACUACAGAGGUCGUAACAUACACUACUACUAGCUCCCCAGAGAGGAAGACAACUAAAGUCUCAGGUACAACAGAAAAACAUACCUCAGUAACUCAAAGUUCAACGAUCAGAAUGGUUGGUGGAAAGAUCGUAAAAUCAACCACUGAAUAUAUUGACGAUUUUGAACCAAAGGAUUCACAUAAGAAACCUAGGGAAACCAGUCCUAUCAAGAAAGGAGAAAGAUCUCCAGUCAGAAAAACUGAGCGCUCCCCAUACCAACCAGAUGAUCGAACUACAGAAGUGAUAACAUACACUACUAGCACUCCAGAGACCAAAACAACCAGAGUAUCUGAUACUACAGAAAAACAUACUUCAGUAACUCAAAGUUCAACUAUCAGAAUGGUUGGUGGAAAGAUCGUGAAAUCAACUACUGAAACCUAUGACGAUUCCAAACCAAAAGAUUCACCUAGAAAGCCUUUGGAAAGUAGUCCUACUAGAAAAGUAGAAAAAUCUCCAGUAAGAAAAACUGACCGUUCUCCAGAUCAACCUGAUCUAAUUACUGAAGUUAUCACGUACACUACAAGUACACCAGAAACGAAGACAACAAGGGUCACUGGCACUACAGAAAAGCACACUUCAGUGACUCAAAGUUCAACUAUACGAAUGAUUGGAGGGAAAAUUGUGAAAUCUACUACUGAAGAUUACGAACCCAAAGACACGCCUAAAAGACCAGUAGAAAAAGGUCCUUCCAGGAAAGUUGAUAAAUCACCAGUCAGAAGAAUCGACCACCCAUCGGAUCAUCCUGAAAGUCCAACUACGGAAAUUGUUACUUUUGUUACAAGAACACCUGAAACAAAAGUAACCAGAGAAGUUGGAAAAACUGAACACAUUAUAUCAGAAAAACACACUUCUGUUAGCCAAAGUAGUGCAAUACGGAUGGUCGGAUCCAAAAUAGUCAAAUCGACUUCGAUCAAAAAAAUUGAUUCACCCGACGAUGUACAACCAAUUGAUACAAUCAGGACUGUAGAAAGAAGUCCGUCGCGAAAAGUAACAUCUUCAACAGAGGAAUUAGUCACUUCUAAGACUGUCAAGUCUUCAUCAUCUAAGACAAUAGACGAGGUAACUGAACCGAAAGAUCGCAAACCAAAAGGCGAUAAAGAGAGCCCUACUAAGCCGGCUCGCCGGGGUCCAGAUGAACCAGACAACAUUUAUUCUGAGACAAUUGUCAGUCAGUUCGUCAAUAAGUCUGAGGACGUGAGGAAGGUCAGCACUAAAGUAGAGGACGUGGUCUCCCGCACAGAAGUUGAAAGGAGUACCUGGCCCGACCUGGUGAAGGAAUCCAAACCGACGAACGAAACGAAGACACCGAAAAGACCGAAAGAUGACAACCGCACGCCGAAGAAGCCUGAUGUGGUGAAGGAGCAAUGCAUCUGUGAAUGGUGCACUUGUGGGAGGCACAGAUGUCGGCACAUAGUGACGGAACCGAGCCCACUGGCAUUGCCAGAGGCUCCACUAGAAAGUCACACGCAGACCAAGGACAGUUAUCCACCAUACAAGCCAGAUCAAGUGGAGCGACCGCCUUUGAGGAGGCUCCACACGGAGCUGGAACUGCCUGGAGAACCUCUCCAAGCCGUUACAGCCUACCAGGAGGAGUUUCCCAAGAGGGAGCCCUUACCCAAACCCAGGAAUUUCAGGGUAGAGGACCACUUGCAUUUGGAAGGUGAUUACAAACCGGAAAGGAGGACUGAAUUCGUUCCAACUAAAGGUGAAAGAGCCCCAGUGACGAAACCCAAAGAUAAUCUAGCACCCGAAGGAAAAUUCGAAAGACCACUACCAGAACCAUACAAACCUGGCGAACGCGCUCCAGUAGUAAGACAUCCCGAUAACCUAAAGCCAGAAGGUGAUUUUGAAAGGCCUAAACCCGAGGCGUACCGUCCUGGAGAAAGAGCCCCGAUUGUAAAGCAUCCAGACAAUUUGAAACCCGAGGGAGACUUCGAACGCCCAGAACCAACUAAGGUAUUACCAGCUGAAAGACCUAAACAGGUCAAGCCAUCAGAUAAUUUAAGACCUGAAGGUGAAUUUGAAAAGAGACCAAAGGAUCAGUUUAUGCCUGCUGAAAGACCUAAGCAAGUACGCCCUGAAGAUAAUUUGAGACCAGAAGGAGACUUCGAAAGGCCGAAACCUCAGGAGUACAGGCCUGGAGAGAGAAUGCCUGUUGUAAGGAGACCAGAUAAUCUUAAGCCCGAGGGAGACUUCGAACGCCCAGAACCAACUAAAAUUUUACACGCUGAGAGACCUCAACAAGUCAAACCCUCUGAUAAUUUGAAGCCGGAAGGGGACUUCGAAAGAAGGCCAAAAGAUCAGUUUGUGCCCGCUGAAAGACCUAAACAAGUCAAACCCUCUGAUAAUUUGAAACCGGAAGGAGACUUCGAAAGAAGGCCAAAAGAUCAGUUUGUGCCCGCUGAAAGACCUAAACAAGUCAAACCCUCUGAUAAUUUGAAACCGGAAGGAGACUUCGAAAGAAGGCCAAAAGAUCAGUUUGUGCCUGCCGAAAGACCUAAACAAGUAAAACCCUCUGAUAAUUUGAAACCAGAAGGAGACUUCGAAAGAAGACCAAAAGAUCAGUUUGUGCCUGCUGAAAGACCGAAGCAAGUACGUCCAGAAGAUAAUUUGAGACCAGAAGGGGAUUUCGAGAGGCCCAAACCACAAGAAUACCGUCCUGGAGAAAGAAUGCCAGUUGUUAGGCGGCAAGACAAUUUGAAGCCAGAAGGGGAUUUCGAACGCCCAGAACCAACUAAGGUUUUACCCGGCGAAAGGCCUAAACAAGUCAAACCAUCUGAUAAUUUAAAGCCUGAAGGAGAAUUCGAAAGGAGGCCAAAGGAUCAGUUUGUGCCUGCUGAAAGACCUAAGCAAGUACGCCCUGAAGAUAAUCUGAGACCAGAAGGAGAUUUCGAGAGGCCCAAACCACAGGAAUAUCGUCCUGGAGAAAGAAUGCCUGUUGUAAGGCGGCCAGACAAUUUGAAACCAGAAGGGGAUUUCGAACGCCCAGAACCAACUAAGGUAUUACCCGCUGAAAGGCCUAAACAAGUCAAACCAUCUGAUAAUUUAAAACCAGAAGGUGAAUUUGAAAAGAGGCCAAAAGAUCAGUUUGUUCCCGCAGAAAGGCCAAAACAAGUCAAACCAUCUGAUAAUCUAAGGCCCGAAGGUGAAUUUGAAAAGAGGCCAAAAGAUCGGUUCGUUCCAGCUGAGAGACCAAAACAGAUCAAACCCUCUGAUAAUUUGAAACCUGAAGGAGAAUUCGAGAGACCCGAACCUCAGGAAUAUCGUCCUGGAGAAAGAAUGCCCGUAGUGAAGCGUCCAGACAACCUGAGACCUGAAGGAGAAUUUGAAACACCCGAGAAACCUAGCGCUCCUGUCAAGGGAGAAAGAGCGCCAACAAAAAAACCAGUAGACAACUUGAAGCCUUCAGGAGACUUCCUUGGUAUAACUACAUCAAAAGAAGUAUUUACUGGAGAGAUUACAGAAAGGCCACGGCUCAUAAGAAGAAAUACUUGGACAAAGCUUGAAGGAGAAAUCAUAACUGAAACAACAUCUCAAUCUGAAUAUAAAAAACAUGACACAAAGAGAACAGAAAUAGUACGCAGGCUCACUGAUAACUUAAUAGUUGGGGAGGGAACUAUUGAUGAAACUUCCAUUAAUCGCAUUGAUUAUCCAAAGCAUGCGCCAGUCUUAAGAGAAAAACCGAAAAAGAAACCAGAUAACUUGACAACAGAUAAAUCAGAAUUCAUCAGUGAAACUAGCAACAAGGCAGCAUUCAUAGACCAUAACGUGUCAACAAAAGUGGAAAUAACAAAAAGAAGAGACAACCUCACAACAGAAGGAGAAAUGAUUUUCCAAUCUUCUUCAAUGGCUGACUUCACACAAAAGACAACAGAUCGAGAAAAACCUGUUAGGAGAAGGACAUGGACUAAACAGGAUGGAGAAAUUUACUUUGAAACUACGAGCAAAGAGGUUUAUAAAAAUAUUUCCACAGUAACUAAAGCAGAACAAAAAAAGUAUACAGACAACUUAAAAUUAGAAGGGGAUUUUGAAAAACGUAUACCACAAAAGUUCACCCCAGCAGAAAGGCCAAAACAGAUUCGUCCAGAAGAUAACCUAAGACCUGAAGGCGACUUCGAGAAAAAGCCAAAAGAUAAGUUUAUUCCGGCAGAAAGGCCAAAACAGGUGAAACCAGAAGACAAUCUAAAACCAGAAGGUGAAUUCGAGAAGCGUACACCAGAGAAAUUUGUUCCAGCAGAAAGACCCAAGCAGGUACGUCCAGAAGACAAUCUUAAACCUGAAGGUGAAUUUGAAAAGAGGCCUAAAGAUAAAUUUGUACCAGCAGAAAGACCCAAGCAGGUACGUCCAGAAGACAAUCUUAAACCUGAAGGUGAAUUUGAAAGAAGGCCAAAAGACCAGUUUGUACCAGCAGAGAGACCAAAGCAGGUACGUCCAGAAGACAAUCUUAAACCUGAAGGAAAUUUUGAAAAACGAACUCCAGAAAAAUUCGUACCAGCUGAAAGACCAAAACAAAUUAGACCAGAAGACAACCUUAAGCCAGAAGGUGACUUCGAAAGAAAACCAAAGGACAAAUUCGUUCCAGCUGAGAGACCAAAGCAGGUUCGACCAGAGGACAACCUUAAGCCCGAAGGAGAUUUCGAAAGAAGACCUAAAGAUAAAUUUGUUCCUGCUGAAAGACCCAAGCAAGUCCGACCGGAAGAUAAUUUGUAUCCUGAGGGAGACUUUGAAAAACGAACUCCAGAGAAAUUCGUGCCAGCUGAAAGACCAAAACAAAUUAGGCCGGAGGACAACCUUAAACCAGAAGGAGAUUUCGAAAGAAGACCAAAAGACAAGUUUGUUCCGGCUGAAAGACCAAAGCAGGUUCGACCAGAGGACAACCUUAAGCCUGAAGGAGAUUUUGAAAGAAGACCUAAAGAUAAAUUUGUUCCUGCUGAAAGACCCAAGCAAGUCCGACCGGAAGAUAAUUUGUAUCCCGAGGGAGACUUUGAAAAACGUACACCAGAGAAGUUUGUACCAGCUGAGCGCCCUAAACAAGUACGACCUGAAGAUAAUUUGCGUCCUGAAGGGGAAUUUGAAAGAAGACCAAAAGACAAGUUUGUUCCGGCUGAAAGACCAAAGCAGGUUCGACCAGAGGACAACCUUAAGCCUGAAGGAGAUUUUGAAAGAAGACCUAAAGAUAAAUUUGUUCCUGCUGAAAGACCCAAGCAAGUCCGACCGGAAGAUAAUUUGUAUCCCGAGGGAGACUUUGAAAAACGUACACCAGAGAAGUUUGUACCAGCUGAGCGCCCUAAACAAGUACGACCUGAAGAUAAUUUGCGUCCUGAAGGGGAAUUUGAAAGAAGGCCAAAAGACAAGUUUGUUCCGGCGGAAAGACCAAAGCAGGUUCGACCAGAGGACAACCUUAAGCCUGAAGGAGAUUUUGAAAGAAGACCGAAAGAUAAAUUUGUUCCUGCUGAAAGACCCAAGCAAGUCCGACCGGAAGAUAAUUUGUAUCCCGAGGGAGACUUUGAAAAACGAACUCCAGAGAAAUUCGUACCAGCUGAAAGGCCAAAACAAAUCAGACCGGAGGACAAUCUUAAACCAGAAGGUGAUUUCGAAAGAAGACCAAAAGACAAGUUUGUUCCGGCUGAAAGACCAAAGCAGGUUCGACCAGAGGACAACCUUAAGCCUGAAGGAGAUUUUGAAAGAAGGCCGAAAGAUAAAUUUGUUCCUGCUGAACGACCAAAGCAGGUUCGACCAGAGGACAACCUUAAGCCUGAAGGAGAAUUUGAAAGGAGGCCGAAAGAUAAAUUUGUUCCUGCUGAAAGACCCAAGCAAGUCCGACCGGAAGAUAAUUUGUAUCCCGAGGGAGACUUUGAAAAACGAACUCCAGAGAAAUUCGUACCAGCUGAAAGGCCAAAACAAAUCAGACCGGAGGACAAUCUUAAACCAGAAGGUGAUUUCGAAAGAAGACCAAAAGACAAGUUUGUUCCUGCAGAGAGACCAAAGCAGGUACGUCCAGAAGACAAUCUUAAACCUGAAGGAGACUUUGAAAGAAGACCAAAAGAUAAAUUUGUUCCCGCUGAAAGACCCAAACAGGUACGUCCGGAAGACAACCUUAAACCAGAAGGUGAUUUUGAAAAACGAACUCCAGAGAAAUUCGUACCAGCUGAAAGACCAAAACAAAUUAGACCGGAGGACAACCUUAAACCAGAAGGAGAUUUCGAAAGAAGGCCAAAAGAUAAAUUUGUUCCUGCUGAAAGACCCAAGCAAGUCCGACCGGAAGAUAAUUUGUAUCCUGAGGGAGACUUUGAAAAACGAACUCCAGAGAAAUUCGUGCCAGCUGAAAGACCAAAACAAAUUAGGCCGGAGGACAACCUUAAACCAGAAGGUGACUUUGAAAGAAGACCAAAGGACAAGUUUGUUCCAGCUGAGAGACCAAAGCAGGUUCGACCAGAGGACAACCUUAAGCCUGAAGGAGAUUUUGAAAGAAGACCGAAAGAUAAAUUUGUUCCUGCUGAAAGACCCAAGCAAGUCCGACCGGAAGAUAACUUGCACCCCGAGGGCGACUUUCAAAAACGAACUCCAGAGAAAUUCGUGCCAGCUGAAAGACCAAAACAAAUUAGACCGGAGGACAACCUUAAACCAGAAGGAGAUUUCGAAAGAAGACCAAAAGACAAGUUUGUUCCGGCUGAAAGACCAAAGCAGGUUCGACCAGAAGACAACCUUAAACCAGAAGGAGAUUUUGAAAGAAGGCCGAAAGAUAAAUUUGUUCCUGCUGAAAGACCAAAGCAGGUUCGACCGGAAGAUAAUUUGUAUCCCGAGGGAGACUUUGAAAAACGAACUCCAGAGAAAUUCGUACCUUCAGAAAGGCCAAAACAAAUCAGACCGGAGGACAAUCUUAAACCAGAAGGUGAUUUCGAAAGAAGACCAAAAGACAAGUUUGUUCCGGCUGAAAGACCAAAGCAGGUUCGACCAGAGGACAACCUUAAGCCUGAAGGAGAUUUUGAAAGAAGGCCGAAAGAUAAAUUUGUUCCUGCUGAAAGACCCAAGCAAGUCCGACCGGAAGAUAAUUUGUAUCCUGAGGGAGACUUUGAAAAACGAACACCAGAAAAAUUCGUGCCAGCUGAAAGACGCAAGCAGGUACGUCCAGAAGACAAUCUUAAACCAGAAGGAGAUUUCGAAAGAAGGCCGAAGGACAAGUUUGUUCCGGCUGAACGUCCUAAACAAGUAAGGCCUGAAGAUAAUUUGCGUCCUGAGGGAGAAUUUGAAAAACGAACUCCAGACAAAUUCGUUCCAGCAGAAAGACCGAAACAAGUUAGACCAGAGGACAAUCUCAAACCAGAAGGAGAUUUUGAAAGAAGGCCGAAGGACAAGUUUGUUCCGGCUGAACGUCCUAAACAAGUAAGGCCUGAAGAUAAUUUGCGCCCUGAAGGAGAAUUUGAAAAACGAACUCCAGACAAAUUCGUUCCAGCAGAAAGACCGAAACAAGUUAGACCAGAGGACAAUCUUAAACCAGAAGGUGAUUUUGAAAGAAGGCCAAAGGACAAAUUUGUUCCUGCUGAGAGACCAAAGCAGGUGCGCCCAGAAGAUAACUUACGACCAGAGGGAGAAUUCGAGAAAAGAACUCCAGAGAAAUUCGUUCCAGCAGAAAGACCUAAGCAAGUCAGACCAGAGGACAAUCUUAAACCCGAAGGUGAAUUUGAAAGGAGGCCAAAGGAUAAAUUCGUACCGGCUGAGCGCCCAAAACAAGUUCGACCUGAAGAUAAUCUACGACCUGAAGGCGAAUUUGAAAAACGGUCACCAGAGAAAUUUACACCAGCCGAUAGACCGAAGCAAGUACGCCCAGAAGACAAUCUUAAGCCUGAAGGAGACUUUGAAAAACGUACACCGGAUAAGUUUGUACCAGCUGAACGGCCUAAGCAAGUGCGCCAUGAAGACAAUCUCAGACCUGAAGGUGAAUUUGAAAAACGUACACCAGAGAAGUUUGUUCCAGCGGAGAGGCCAAAACAAGUUAGGCCAGAAGACAACCUUAAACCGGAAGGUGAUUUUGAAAGAAGGCCAAAGGACAAGUUCGUUCCGGCUGAAAGACCGAAGCAGGUACGCCCUGAAGAUAAUUUACGACCAGAGGGUGAAUUUGAGAAACGUACUCCUGAGAAGUUUGUACCAGCUGAGAGACCAAAACAAAUAAGACCGGAUGACAAUCUGAGACCUGAAGGAGAGUUCGAGAAAAGACCAAAAGAUAAGUUUGUCCCGGCAGAAAGACCCAAGCAAAUCCGACCUGAAGAUAAUUUGCGUCCCGAGGGAGAUUUUGAAAAACGAACUCCGGAGAAAUUCGUACCUGCAGAAAGACCAAAACAAGUCAGACCGGAAGACAAUCUGAAACCUGAAGGAGAAUUCGAGAAAAGGACACCUGAAAAAUUCAUGCCAGCAGAGAGGCCAAAACAAGUUCGGCCUGAAGAUAAUUUACGACCAGAAGGAGAAUUUGAGAAACGUACUCCAGAGAAGUUUGUAGCAGCUGAGAGACCUAAACAAAUCAGACCGGAGGACAAUCUGAGGCCGGAGGGAGAGUUUGAAAGAAGGCCGAAAGACAAGUUUGUUUCGGCUGAAAGGCCUAAACAAGUGCGACCGGAAGAUAAUUUGCGUCCAGAAGGAGACUUUGAAAAACGUACACCAGAAAAAUUUGUACCAGCUGAUCGGCCAAAACAAGUGCGCCACGAAGAUAAUUUGCGUCCUGAGGGAGACUUUGAAAAAAGAGUUCCGGAGAAAUUCGUACCAGCAGAAAGACCGAAACAAGUCAGGCCAGAGGACAAUCUGAAGCCUGAAGGUGAAUUUGAAAGGAGGCCGAGGGACCAGUUUGUACCGGCAGAGCGACCAAAGCAGGUGCGCCCAGAGGAUAAUUUACGACCCGAGGGAGAAUUUGAGAAAAGAACUCCAGAAAAAUUCGUUCCAGCAGAAAGACCGAAACAAGUCAGGCCAGAGGACAAUCUUAAACCCGAAGGUGAAUUUGAAAGAACGCCAAAAGAUAAAUUUGUUCCGGCUGAGCGUCCUAAACAAGUACGACCUGAAGAUAAUCUAAGACCUGAAGGCGAAUUUGAAAAACGGACACCAGAGAAAUUCACACCAGCAGAGAGACCGAAACAAGUCCGACAUGAAGAUAAUUUGCGUCCUGAAGGAGAGUUUGAGAAAAGAACACCGGAGAAAUUCGUCCCUGCAGAAAGGCCAAAACAGGUUAGACCAGAGGAUAACUUACGACCCGAGGGAGAAUUCGAGAAAAGAACUUCAGAGAAGUUUGUACCAGCAGAAAGACCGAAACAAGUCAGACCAGAGGACAAUCUUAAACCCGAAGGUGAAUUUGAAAGGAGGCCAAAAGAUAAAUUCGUUCCGGCUGAGCGCCCUAAGCAAGUACGACCUGAAGAUAAUCUAAGACCUGAAGGCGAAUUUGAAAAACGGUCACCAGAGAAAUUCACACCAGCAGAGAGGCCGAAACAAGUCCGACAUGAAGAUAAUUUGCGUCCUGAAGGAGAGUUUGAGAAAAGAACACCGGAGAAAUUCGUCCCUGCAGAAAGGCCAAAACAGGUUAGACCAGAAGACAAUCUCAAACCCGAAGGUGACUUUGAAAGGAAGCCAAAGGACAAGUUUGUUCCUGCUGAACGUCCUAAACAAAUACGACCUGAAGAUAAUUUACGACCUGAAGGAGAGUUUGAAAAGAGACCGAGGGACCAGUUUGUACCAGCAGAAAGACCAAAGCAAGUGCGCCCAGAGGAUAACUUACGUCCCGAGGGAGAAUUCGAGAAAAGAACUCCAGACAAAUUCAUUCCGGCGGAAAGACCAAAACAAGUCAGGCCAGAGGACAAUCUUAAACCUGAAGGUGAAUUUGAAAGGAGACCGAAGGACAGAUUUGUUCCAGCAGAGCGCCCUAAACAAGUACGGCCUGAAGAUAAUUUGCGUCCUGAAGGAGAAUUCGAGAAAAGGACUUCAGAUAAAUUCGUUGCAGCUGAAAGGCGGAAACAAGUCCGUCCAGAGGAUAACCUAAGACCAGAAGGUGAUUUUGAAAGAAGGCCAAAAGAGAAGUUUGUUCCUGCUGAACGUCCUAAACAAGUACGACCUGAAGAUAAUUUGCGUCCUGAAGGAGAAUUUGAAAGACGGCCAAAAGACCAGUUUGUACCAGCAGAGAGACCAAGGCAGGUGCGCCCAGAAGAUAACUUACGACCGGAGGGAGAAUUCGAGAAAAGAACCCCUGAGAAAUUCGUUCCAGCAGAAAGACCAAAACAAGUUAGGCCAGAGGACAAUUUGAGGCCUGAAGGAGAGUUUGAGAAAAGACCGAAAGAUCAGUUUGUACCUGCUGAGCGUCCUAAGCAAGUACGCCAUGAAGAUAAUCUUCGUCCUGAGGGUGAAUUCGAGAAAAGAACUCCCGAUAAAUUUGUUCCAGCAGAAAGACCGAAGCAAAUUCGUCCAGAAGAUAAUUUGAGACCAGAAGGAGAAUUUGAAAAACCUAUUCAUAGAAAAAUAAUUAUGGUUGAAAGAACUAAAGCUAUUAAACCUGUUGAUAAUCUUAAAAUUGAAGGAGAAUUUGAGAAACGAAUCAUUGAAGAGUUUCAAGCAUCAGAACGCUCAGAGAUUAUAAGGCACCAAGAUAAUUUGAAACAAGAAGGUACUUUAGAAAUAUACCCUAAAGAUGACUACGUUGUGACUGUUGGCGAAAGAGCUCCGAUCGUCAAAGCAAAAGAUAACCUGACAGUAGAAGGGGAAUUCACAAAGCGUGAAACCAGCACUACCAUUCUCGUUGGUGAGAGAAUGCCAAUUAAGAAACCCCAAGAUAAUUUAAAACCAGAAGGUACGUUCGAAAAACGUAUUCAAGAAGAAGUUGUAGUAGGUGAACGAGCCGAAAUAAUUAUACGGGAAGAUAAUUUGAAACUAGAUGGCGACUAUCAAUAUGUGAGAAAAGACGACUUCAAAGAAGUAAAAGGAGAACGAUCAGAAAUUCGUAAACAUGAAGAUAACCUUCGACUAGAAGGAACUAUUGAGACUUACAGAUCUAGAGAUGACUACACAGCCAAAACGGUGAGUGAAAACGUUGUAAUUAAAAAGCACGAAGAUAAUUUAUAUCUUGAAGGAGAAUUUAUUGACAUGCGAACUAAAGAAGACUACAGAUUUAUUAAAGGGGAACGAGAAAGUAUAACUGUGUAUGAAGAUAAUUUAAGAACAGAGGGUACUUUUGAAGCAAUAAGAACAAGCGAUGAUUAUAAGCAUACAUCUGUAAAGAGACCUCUACCAAUCAAGCCUUCAGAUAACCUUUGUAUUGAAGGAGAAUUUGAAAGAAGGACUCCCGAUAAAUUCGUUCCUGCAGAGAGACAAAAACAAGUGAGACCAGAAGAUAAUCUUCGACCUGAAGGAGAGUUUGAGAGAAGAAAACCAGAAGAAUAUAGACCAGGAGAAAGACUGCCUAUCGUCAAACAUCCUGAUAAUUUAAGACCUGAAGGAGAUUUUGAAAGGAGGACGCCAGAAAAAUUUGUUCCUGCCGAAAGACCUAGACAGGUACGACCUGAGGAUAAUCUCAGGCCAGAAGGUGAUUUUGAGAGAAGGAGACCUGAGGAAUAUAGACCAGGAGAGCGGCUCCCAAUCGUCAAACACCCUGAUAAUUUAAGACCUGAAGGAGAUUUUGAAAGGAGGACGCCAGAAAAAUUUGUUCCUGCUGAAAGACCAAGACAGGUACGACCUGAGGAUAAUCUCAGGCCAGAAGGUGAUUUUGAGAGAAGAAGGCCUGAGGAAUAUAGACCAGGAGAGCGGCUCACAAUCGUUAAACAUCCUGAUAAUCUAAGACCUGAAGGAGAUUUUGAAAGAAGAACUCCAGAGAAGUUUGUUCCUGCUGACAGGCCAAGGCAGAUACGACCUGAGGAUAAUCUCAGGCCAGAAGGUGAUUUUGAGAGGAGGAGACCUGAGGAAUAUAGACCAGGAGAGCGGCUCCCAGUCGUUAAGCACCCCGAUAAUUUAAGACCUGAAGGAGAUUUUGAAAGGAGAACGCCAGAGAAGUUUGUUCCUGCUGAAAGACCUAGGCAGAUAAGACCUGAAGAUAAUCUUAGGCCGGAAGGUGAUUUUGAGAGGAGGAGACCUGAGGAAUAUAGACCAGGAGAGCGGCUUCCAGUCGUUAAACAUCCUGAUAAUUUAAGACCAGAAGGUGAUUUUGAGAGAAGGAUGCCUGAGGAAUAUAGACCAGGAGAACGGCUUCCAGUCGUUAAACAUCCCGAUAAUUUAAGACCUGAAGGAGAUUUCGAAAAAAGAACUCCAGAGAAGUUUGUUCCAGCUGACAGGCCAAGACAGGUGAGACCAGAAGACAAUCUAAAACCAGAGGGUGAUUUCGAAAAACGAUAUCCAGAACAAUAUUCGCCAGGUUACCGUCCAAAACCUAUUAAGCAUGAUGACAACCUUCGUCCUGAGGGAGACUUUGAAAAAAGAUCUCAUGAGAAAUUUAUCCCCGCAGAAAGACCGAAAAAGGUGAAGCCAGAAGAUAAUUUGAAACCUGAAGGAGAAUUCGAGCGACGAGCAUCAAGCCCGUUUGUCCCUGGAGAAAGAUACCAAAUUACUAAGCACACAGAUAAUUUAAAACCUGAAGGAGAAUUUCAUGGACAAAGAGUUCAUGAAUAUGGCCACGUAAGGGGAGAAAGAGUAGAGAUAACGAAACAUAGUGAUAAUCUUAAAAUGGAAGGCGAAUUUCAUGCAGUGACUAAAUUAAAAGAAGAUUUCAAACCUGCUAAAGGUGAGCGAAUGCCUUCCAGAAAACCAAAAGACAACUUGAUUGUUGGAGAAGGUGAUUUUGAAAGAACAACUUCCCAAAAAUCACAGUAUAUAACAGUAAAAGGUGAUAGAGCAACAGUUAAAAGAUAUGAAGAUUCUCUUAAAGUAGGUGAGGGUAAAAUGGAUCUCACUACUACAAGUAGUAAAACAUUCACCAAGCAAAGCAGGGAAGAAAGUAUCUCAUCUAUUAAUCGCAGGAGGCACAUUGAAUCAAAAAUUGUUCUUGGAGAUGACACUACUUCAUACAUCUCAACGAACAGAAAAAUUACAGCAGUUAAAAAUGGUGUAGAUAGAAGAAAUGAAAAUGUGCAAAAUAUCAGUACGGAACAAACAUCAACUGUUAAAGAAAGGGUCACUAAACGAGACACAGCUAAUAUAAGGGAAGAAACUACAGUCACAGCCAAAACUGCAGUCAUAAAUGAUGAACAAACAGUACAACGGUCAAAACAAAUAAAUUCUCAAUCUGUUAAUAUUAGAGACACAAAUAGAAAUGGAUCAAUAUCACACUCAUCAAUCACACAUCAGCAUCAGCAAGCAAAGAUGGAAAAUAGAGGAUACCACACUGAGCACACAUCACAAAGAACUGUAGACCAUAAAGAAAAAACAAGACAUUCUGAAGAAACAAUAGUCAAUCAAUCUCAAACUGUGAGACACAAAGAAAUGUCUGCUCAUGAAACUAAUAUAAAAAGUACAACAGAACAAAGAUCCAUUCAAUCAGAAAAUAUACAAAAAUAUCACCAAACAAGUAAAGAAUUAAUGCAUGCUUUAGAAGGAAAACCACCCAUACCUGAAACAUCAACUCAAAGAGGGCAUCACAGGAAAAGUGUUAUCACAGGAUCUACAACAGAUUUAAAUAAUGCUGUUCUACAUAGAAAAGGUAUGCAAACUUCUAUGGAAUCCCUACAUAGUACAGCAUCUUCUUCAACUGCUGCAUCAAUUCAAAGAAAAAGCAUUCAGAAUAUUGAUGGUCAAUUUAUUGGUCCAGUUUCUCAAGAUCGAAAAAGUCUUAGUACACUUCAUAGACAAGGAAUAACAGUUCAUGAUGGGCACACUUCAUCAGCUAAAAGAGCAGAUUCUCUGUCCAUAGGAACUGGAAAAUUCUAUGGACAGAGUGAAGCCAAAUCAUAUGGCAAUUUCCAAAAUGUUGAAAGGGUAACAAGAGUUAGAGUAAGUAAUACUUCUAAUUUCACUCUUGGAACGGAAAGUGAAAGGAACUAUGUAUCAUCUUCAUACAAAAAUGAAUUUAUUCCACGUGUAACUGGUCCAUGUCCAGCCUCCUUGAUUGAAAAAAAACAAGACAAAGGACAAUUUAAAAACACAAGAAACACAAAACAGCAUAGCUAUUAUGUACCAAAAGUCUGAUAUGUGUGUUAAUCAAGAAAAAUAUAUUCAUUUCUAGAUUUUUUAUUAAAAUAAAAUGCUUUAAUUAAUAAUAAUAUGCCUAUGUUAAUUUUUUUAUAAGAAAUAAUAUUUUUUGUAUGUACUUGAGUACAUCAAAAAUAUCAAUUUUGAUACAUUUCUUAACUUAACAUUAUAUGUACUAUUUAAUUAAACAUGUUAGCUUUGUUUAUACUGUAGAAAUACUAACAAUCUUAUGUCGUUCUGAUAUUGUGACUGAAAAUAAAUUUUUGAUUUUUUUUUAAGCUGUUUUAUGUUAUUGUUUUUAAAGAAUUGUUAUAUUUAUGCUUUAAUAAAAUUAUUAUUUUCAAUACUUUUGUCUCAUUUUAUUCAUAUACCACUUCUGCCAGAAUAUAUUUUAUUUAUCACUAAAUAUGCAUUCAUACAACCUUAUGAUAAUACAUAAAACUGAUAUUUUGUAAUUAUCAUGAAAUCUAACCAAAUGGUAUAUAUUAUCCAAUAUUCAUUGAUACAUCUAGUUGAAAAAAGAAUAAUCUUACUUCCCAUAGUUCCACCUCAAAGAAUAAAGUAAAGAAAUAAAGAAAAAAAAACAGAGAAAAGAAAGAGAAAUACAUAAAGUUAAAAUGCAAUAUGUCAAAAGAUUUAAAACUGAUUCUUGUAAUUUCAAAUAUAAUUAUCAUUAACUAUCCAUUAGCCAUAAUAUCUCUUACCAGUAGUUCUAAUAGCCAAGUCAGUCCUGACAGCACCUCAUUACUCUUAAUUCUAAAAUAAAAUUAGCUCUAAUCUGUCCUAGGGUGAUUGAUUAUUUUUAGAGGGCAAACAGAAUGAUCCCAAUCUCACUUAGAUGAGAAUAGUUUGCUAAACUGCAGAACAAUCCACCCUUCAUGCCCUAUUUAAAUUUUUAAAUUAUUUUUAUUAGUUUUUAAUUAUUGAAUAGUAACACAAUCUGCCACACACAAGGGCAGUAAGUAUUUGGGCUAAGGUAAGUAGCUAAGUACAAGAAAAUAAAUCAAAAAAAUAAUAGUAAAAUAAAGCAAAGAUUAACAAAUAAAUAUAAAAAUAAAAAUAAGUAAUCAAGAAAGUAUAAUGAUAAAAGUAAAAAAUAUAUGAACUCCGCAAAUAAAACUAUAUAGAUGGAUAAAAAAUAACUUUAUUCUGGGACAAAGUUCCUUAAGAAUAACAAAAUCAUACAGAAAAGAAAUAUUACUUCUAGUCUAAAGGUUUGAUAUAAUUGAUAAAAUAAAAAUAAAAUAUUUAGUGAACUAGCUGUAUACAAAACAAAUAAAACUAUGAACAGAACACUUAAAACUUCUCUAAUAAAUAAAUUCUUUUGAGUUCUACCAAUGGGUAGUUUCUCUUCAUGUUAUACAUGUCAUGUUACCAAUUUCACAUUUACUUAUUGUAUUUUCUAUGUAAUACAGUUGUAAAUUCCAUUAAAAUAAUAAAUAAAAAAAUAAUAAAUUCUAAAUUUCUACUAAGAAAAAAUAAAGCUGAAUCUGUCAUUAUUAAAUGCCUAAGUAUGUAAAUGCAGGAUAGUAUGUAGAUACAAUAUAAGAAGAGCAUGAUCAUUUAGUAACAUAAAUACAUGUAAGAAAUUAAUAAUAAUAAUAAUAAUACUUCAUUUCUUCUGGAACAAGUCCUUUUAGAAUAUGGAGUUCCAUAGGGAUGAGGAUCGGAUGAUGAAUGAUCUGUCAAAAGCAGCGGUUCGUGGGGUAUUCUAUAAAAAUUCUAUAUGUAGCUAGUAUAUAAAUCCAAAGACAUUUAUAUAAAUCCAAACAAAUUACGGGAAUGAAAAGAAGAUUUGAAUUUAAAGAGAUGGGAGAUAUAUGAAGGACAGCGGGAUUAGAUGACUUGGAAGAGGAAGAAGGCCAGAAAAUACUUGCGACAGGAGGAAAGAUAAAGC